GGCUGUCAAAACAGCACUUCGCCAUUUCAGAUCCGGGGGGGCCGCUGUAACUGUUGGGAACUGGGUCAGCCGAGCGGAGGUGGCACUUGCUUGUUUUGUAGCAUCAUACGGCUCGGCAAUCGGUUCCGAUGCGAGUUAUCUGGUCGGUGCGAAUGAGUUUUUCCUUCGUGGGUCCGGGUUGACGAGCGAAACCAGCGAUCGGAUUUUUCUGAGAACAGCUACUAAGCUAGCCGUGUGUGUAAACACCGAGGAUGAAACGGAUGAAAGGAGGAGAGGUGGUCAGCAAUAGCUGCUCCAGUGAAAAUUCACCUGAGGCCUGCAAGAAGGUGCGGAAGCAGAUGAGUGAGGAGUUGGAGGCGGAGGGCUCCGGCGAGUCCCCGGACUGCGACUGGUCGCUGCUUCCUCAGGAGCUCCUGCUGCACAUCUUCCAGCACCUACCGCUGCUGGACCGGGCGUACGCCUCUCAGGUGUGCCGCGGGUGGAACGAGGCUUUCCACAUGCCCGAGCUGUGGAGAUGCUUUGAGUUUGAGCUUAACCAGCCAGCGAGCUCUUACCUGAAAGCCACACAUCCUGACCUGAUCAAGCAAAUCAUCAAGAGGCACUCCAACCACCUGCAGUACGUCAGCUUCAAGGUGGACAGCAGCACGGAGUCUGCAGAGGCAGCUUGUGACAUCCUUUCACAGCUGGUGAACUGCUCGCUGAAGACCCUGGGGCUCAUCUCCACUGCCAGGCCCAGCUUCAUGGAGGUCCCAAAGUCUCAUUUCAUCUCCGCUCUGACUGUGGUGUUUGUCAACUCCAAGUCGUUGUCUUCGCUGAAGAUCGACGACACGCCUGUAGACGAUCCGUCCCUCAAGGUGUUGGUGGCCAACAACAGCGACACCCUCAAAUUGUUGAAGAUGAGCAGCUGUCCUCAUGUCUCCCCUGCAGGGAUCCUGUGUGUGGCGGACCAGUGCCACGGUUUGAGGGAGCUGGCGCUGAACUACCACCUCCUCAGUGAUGACCUCCUGCUGGCCCUCUCCUCCGAGAAACACGUUCAUCUGGAGCACCUGCGCAUCGACGUGGUGAGCGAGAACCCGGGCCAGCAUUUCCACACCAUCAAGAAGAGCAGCUGGGACGCCAUGGUGCGCCACUCGCCCACAUUCAACCUGGUCAUGUACUUCUUCCUCUACGAGGAUGAGUUCGGCCCAUUCUUCAACGACGAGAUCCCCAUCACGCACCUCUACUUCGGCCGCUCCGUCAGCAAGGAGGUCUUGGGUCGGGUGGGGCUGCACUGCCCUCGUCUGGUGGAGCUGGUGGUGUGCGCUAACGGCUUGCGCCCCCUCGACGAGGAGCUGAUCCGCAUUGCAAAACGCUGCACUCAGCUGUCGGCCAUCGGCCUGGGAGAGUGCGAGGUGACUUGCAGCGCCUUCGUGGAGUUUGUUAAAAUGUGUGGCAGGAGGCUGUCCCAGCUUUCCAUCAUGGAGGAGGUGCUGAUCCCAGAUCACAAAUACUCCCUGGAUGAGAUCCACUGGGAGGUGUCGAAGCACCUGGGCCGGGUUUGGUUCCCAGACAUGAUGCCGACCUGGUAGAAGCUUGUCGGGUUUGUGAUGUGGAACAAUCGCGUGUUUGGAUUCAAAAGCAGUUAAACGGUAACGCUCCGGAGUGUUGACUGGGAUGCAGCGCAACACCGCCGCUCUUUCUGCCUGCUGUCAGCAACACAGACUCUGGAAAACUGCAUCUUCUAACCUUCAGACAAACCUGAAAAGCUGGUUUCUUACAACAGAACUACUGGAAAUAAGUUUUAAUCACAGGAAAUGAGUCAUAUUCCUUCUGUCUUGGCUUUGUCUGCACAUGUAAGCAUGUGUGCAGCUAUUAUUUUAUUGACAGUAAAUCAGAACGUUUGCUUUCUGCUACACUAUCUUGUGAGUUAGAAGCUCUGCACGCUGCAACACUAAAUGGGUUGGAGGUUUAUGAACGGCUGCAGUGUUGGGUGCUUAAAGGAAGGGAGAGAGGGUUUUUAUUCCUUCAAGCGUUGCCGAGGGAACCGUUCACGCUGCAGCGGAGUGGCUGGGUCCUACGCCUCACUUUUAACGUUUCUGAGCUUUUCCUCAACUCGUUCACUCAUCCCAAACUUGUUGAGAACGUUGUGAGAGGGAGCGUUCAUAAUAUUGGUCCUGUGAAGAUUUACAGAGUGGAAGUUUAUGUUUCCCGAAUUAUCCAAAGUAUUUUCCUCUUAUCGAUCUGUAUGGAACACUACCAUAGUUUCCCCAUUUUGGGGUAAAAAGGAGAGAUUCCCCGAGCACCUUACACGGAAACCAAAUAAGGACUAUUUGUCCAGAAGUAGCAAAGAAUAUGAUGAAUAAGUAAAAGAUGCAGAGGCUUGGAACCGUAAAAGAAAAAUUGUAAUUAUUGAGGAAAACAGGUUUUGAUGUAAAUAAUGCGUUCAUAGUUGUGUUAAUUAGCAGCUCCAUAGAUAGUGGUGAUCAUUCAGCACUUGUUUUUGCAGCAGGGGAAACAAAACUUGAAUUAAUGUUUGAAUUUAGGUUUUAGUUGGAUUUUCUGCCAUUUACCUGUUAAAUCUGUCCAUCCUGUGUGUGUCGGGAGCACCUGGUGUGUGUUUAAAGACGGGUACAGGUGAACGUACAAGCGCUGCCUCGGCUGUUCUGUCAUUUCAGUUGAAAGUGAAGUUGCAAGUUGGAUGCAUAUUUUUUUUCCUUUUAGAGGGAAGUCAAAUGUGUUUGUAUAUAAAACGCUGUGUGUUUGAUUCAUGUGAACAGAAAUGUUAUUUCUUUAUUUCACCCUUUCGGGUUUUGCUUGAUUUAUGGCUCAUCGCGUCUUCUAUAAAAAGCUUUGACAUGAGAGGCUGAGGUGUGUAUUUAAUCAACAUCCAUGUUUCUAUUUAAAUUGUGUUAAAGCGCUAAAUAAGAGACACAAAUGAGCAGAGAGAUCUAUUUGAGUUUUCCACCUGCUGUUGUGAUUUUGGUCCAAAGCUCCGUUAUCCUUGACUUUUAGGAUCUUAUGUAAUAAACGGAAGGCUUGUGGAAACUUCUGCAUGAAUGAAAGGCUUUUCAGUUAAAAACAAGACCAUAAGCUGAUACUUGCUGAUUAAAUUCAAUUUAAAAAAUGCUAAAUUUAAAAAAAGUAGAUUGAGAGCGAACUCUUAAAGGGAUAUUAUGCAACAUUUUCAUACUUUUAAAUCAUUUCCUUGAGCCUGUUUGUGCUAAAAUGACCCUUUAAAAGGUUAAUGAAAUGUCAGACCCGUACCGCCCUAUGUGACCUGAUAACGCAUCUGCAACUUCAGAGUGCCGGUGUUCCGACUAUCCGUGCUACCCGUCGAUAUGUGCUACUUUGGGGAAAUGCGCAGAUUGUUUACUACAUCACAGGCUGUUUACCUGAAGAGACGUGCUACCUUUGGAAGUUGUGCUGCUUGCUGUAUGUUUACCUGACAGCUUGUAAAAUAUCGUUAAAGAAGAAAAUUCUCCCAUUGUUUACCGUCAUUCACGGAAUCAUGACAAACACUUGUGUAUAUUUUUACAAGUAGUUAUCUCCGACAGGCUCACAGAGGGAGACAUGCCCAAGUUUUAAAAAAUCUGUCGAGUGAUGGAGACUGCAAGCUUGUGAUUGGUCAGGAUGCUGCUUCCUGUAAAUCCGUCAACAGCACCGCCAUUGCUCCGUCAAAAACUAAACAGAUAUUUAGCGGCAGAACGGAUUGCAGGAAAGUUUAUUCACCUGGGACCUGAAGGUGUACAAAAAUACGGAGCAAACGUUUUAUGCGUGGCUGGAAAAUACGGUAAACGUGAGUUUAGAGGUGGCGACCACAGGAAGAGGUGGAGGAGAAUGAAGGGCAAAUUUGUUUGAUAAAGUCUCUGAAAUAAAUAAACAAAUCAGUAAAUGCACUAUCGUGGACCGGAUGCAUGAGUGUAAUGGUGACAUACCACAGAAAAGCACUACGCCCUGUUGUCCUGGCGGGAAAUUGCUUUGCCAUGCUCCGCAGGCGACGGAGAAGUCCGAGAGCAUAAAGUCUGUCAAUGUGUGUACGUCUCUCCCUUGUGGAGUUGACGGUAUAAAAGUAUAAAACAGGCUUUAGAAAAAAUGUAGCUUACAUAACUGGCACUGGUGUCUGCUUCCAGCAUGUUUUAGAUCGUGAACACAGCUGAUUUGUUUCAUUUAGUGCUCAACUGCUCCUGUAGACCCUAAUAAAGGCUGAGGAGACAUUUCAGCAGUUAAAGGUGUUAAACAGAUCUCAGCGAGGAGAAGGGAUUCACUUUUGCUUCGACCACAAAUGAUAAUGGACACUAGGGGGUGCCAAAAGCAAGCAAAACUGCUUAGUAUCCUUUUAAAUUCUCAUGAAACCCUUUAAGUUGUAUUUGUAUGUUGUUAAAAGCUACUUAACUGUGUUUAAGUGGUAAAAUAAACAUGUAUUUUCAUAUGGUUGUUUUACUGAAAAACUCCAUUCCAUUUCAUCCAAGUUUGUGUUUAAAGUAAAUUAAAACAAAAUUUCAAGACGUGCAAAUGCAUCUGAAUGAGUAGUUGUCUGUGUUCGUGUCACAGAUACGCUAACAUAUCCCAUUAUUGUUCCUCUGCUUCAGCUGAGUCGGUCAAACCUCCCAGAAGUUACGAGAAGCAUUGCCUCGUGUCAGGAAAUGUGUGUGGACAGCACUGCUCUUUGUUUUGCUUCUGUGCAGCAAAUAGAGGAAAUGCUUUCUCAUCUAUUUCUUUUAUUGGUCACCAAUCUUUAAAUGAAAAAUGAUGGUUUUGGACAUGUGGUCUUAUACUGAUAAAUAAAAUAUUGUGAAUUUAA